AAAAAAAAAAAAAAAGAAGCAAGACUUAUUCACUACGAGCAUUCGCCGUAAUUUUACAAAGAGUUGGCUACAAAUACAGUUAUAUUUUACAAUAGAGAUGCAGACGUAUUAGACGCCACCAGAUGCCAUCUUCAGGAACAACUGAUACAUUGACUCGGCUCACUGUUUCUUGGACCUAACAGGUGCGCAUUGGUGGGCAAGGAAGGUUGCCGGAUUUUCAUACUCCGCGAAAUUGGCAGUGCGAUCCGGAAAUUGGACGGAUCGGAAAGGAAGGAGAAACGCCGCUCAAUUUUUGGGAGGGGUUGGGCAGGCAGGCGAGCUUGCGGUGUUGAGUGGUCAUCGUCCCGGCGAGCAAGCGAACCUUCCUUUUCUCUUUGACAUAUCUGCUGCACCAUGGUCAAGUUCAUCAAGGCUGGUAAAGUUGUUGUUAUUCUCCAAGGCCGUUACGCCGGCAAGAAAGCCGUUGUUGUCCGCAACCACGAUGAGGGUACCAAGGACAGACCCUAUGGCUAUGCCGUUGUUGCUGGCAUUGAACGUUAUCCCUUGAAGGUCACCAAGGCCAUGGGCAAGAAGAAGGUUGCUAAGCGAUCCAAGGUCAAGCCUUUCAUCAAGGUCGUCAACUACAACCACAUGAUGCCCACUCGUUACGGUUUGGAAUUGGAACAAAUCAAGGGUACCAUCUCGGCUGAAACCUUCAAGGAGCCCACUCAGCGUGAGGAUGCCAAGAAAACCAUCAAGAAGUUGUUCGAAGAACGUUAUCAGACUGGCAAGAACAAGUGGUUCUUCAGCAAGCUCAGAUUCUAAGUUAAAUAACCCUGCAGCUUUUUUUCUGUGGUUGUCGCCUUCUUUUGUUUCCUAGCCAUGCAUAAUUUUCUUCUUCAAAAAUUAUAAACAAGGAUCGUUCUUUUUACACCAUGGG